GUCGUUAAUAAAGGUGGGACCGAUAAGGAUCACCUAGUUGUGACGGCGUCGUCAUUCGACGCGAAGUCGCCAAUUCAGGCGGUUUUUUCAUCGCAGAAUUUUCGUAGUUUCUACAUACAAGCCCGCCCCCGCGAGAAAAGCUUCGACGGAACUUUUGCGACUUAAGUAGUCGUGUUGAGACGCGCGUGUGUUUAUUACGUUUGGGAUUUAACGACGGUUCGUGUGCCCGUGAGAGAUUCGGUUCGACGUGCAGCUGCAGUCGAUCAUAAUGAAUGCGAAGGUACGGGCGUGACUUUUAACGAAUUACGCCGAGCUUUUGUGUUGCUCGUUGAGAACCGGCGCGUCCUGCGCGGCGGAAGUUUUCGAGUUUUCGCCGGUGCCGUUUUUUCUUCUCGGUCCUCGGAUACCGUUAGGAGGACGCCACGUCUACCGUCUUAACCGCACACUACCGCUGCAGCCAUGGACGGACCCGAAACAGCCUCACGAAAUGUUGAAGACCCUCAUCAAGCUAAAACCAUCUUCAAUCUACUGUCCAAACUCAAAGACGAACCGAACAAAAGCAUACGACCGACCGAAGAUUCCCAGCCGAAUAACGAAGAAAUCGAAGACAUCGUAAUCCUGCGAAGAGAUUCGAAAACUCAACAAAAGUACAUCAACAAACCCGCUUACCUGAAACUACACCGCAGUUUAUCUCCUACCAGAACUUCUGUCGACAGAAUCAAGGAGAAAUUCGACGGCGCGACAGAUAACCAAAGAAACGAACGCGAAGAGUCCAAAGUUCCUCGAAACGAAACCCUAGAAUCGAUUAAGAAUAAGUAUUCGCCCUCGGCUUUCGGAUACUCCGCGCUACCGGUGGCCAAGCCGAGAAGAAGUAGAUUAGUGAAAAGUCAAAUAAUAACCGCCCCGACCACGGACAGAGCGAAGCAAAAAUUGAGGUAUAGUUUGAACGUCGACAAGUACGGGAAAAAGAAGGACGUCAACUCCAACGACUUAGAUAAGGACGCAGGUUCGUCCGGCUCGGAGGAAUACCUCACCAUCGUCACCAACUCCCGCAAAGAUUCGAUCGAGAGCGUCCUCAAGUUCCAAGAAGAGUUGGACGCCUUCACGAUGGACAAGAAGAAACGCACCAGCAGUUUCCGGAAACUGUUCGCGGGGAAGAUUUUCGGAGGCAAAGACAAGAAGAAAAAGGAAGACGCCAAAGCGACGUCAUACAAGGAUAACGCGCAAAACGAGAGCAACAAAUUUAUGCGACAAUCACCGUACAGGCACACCACUGGCGGCGAGAACAUGACGAACAAAUUCAAAGACUCGAAAGUAUCAAAAAACGACGAGCUACUGGAGAGGGAUUACGCGCAAAUGCACAUCAACCAGUUCAAUAGGAUCAAGCGCGACUUUGAGCAACCUAAAGCCGCUCAAGGCUACGUUUCCAUGGACAAACCCAUCAUUAAAAGUACCGACACGAGUCCGUAUGUAAACAUACCGGGCGUUCGAAAGUACAUCGACACCAGCUCGUCCGCGAGCACGCUAGAGUCCGAUCGGUCCAAUUUGUACCAAAACGAAGCAUUCGCCAGAGCGAAUCAAGCUAAGCAUGGUAACGAUGACAAGAAUUCGCUGAGAUCGAAUAAAAUUGGCGAUACCCGCAGGGACACGCCUCCCAGGGCGACGGAGACCAGACAGGAUUUGUAUUUGGUGAACCCCAAAGCGUUGAUACCCAUAAAUUCGGAACGGCCGUUACCGAAUCCGUAUCAGAGCAGUAGCGGGGUGUCUUCUGAGGAAAAACUGCCCAACUCGCAUAUCCGCGUCGAGGAGACGUACGGCACUGUGCUGGACAGCCUCGAAACCGGGCAGAAGAUCAACGCGCCGCCUCCAAGAUCCCCCUCGCUCGAGCCAUCCAAGUUGAAACUGCCUCAGCGCAGGGAAAUAGUUCCGUUGUCUCCCAGGAUCAGAUCGCCAAUACCGCCGGAUAACAUGUCGACCGAGAAGAUUAUAGCCACCGAAUUGUUGAAGGCGAGAAGAUCGCCGAUACCCAGCAAGAAAGAGCAGAAGGAGGCAGUUCCGAGCCACCAGAGGCUCGAAAUCGACAUCGACUAUCCCGACAAAGUCAGACAGAGCAAAGAGAACAUACUGCGCAGUUUGGAGAAUCUGAUAAGCAAACCUCCGGUGGCUACCAAGCCGCCUCCGAAGCCAGCCAGGUCUCCGAUCGCUGCUGAUUACGGUUACACCGCCGGGACCGCUGGGGAUCGCGUGGUCACUAAUGCGCAGGUCCAUUCCAACUCGCCGUCGAACAGAACCCCCACCCCUAGCGGUUCGGUACAAAACGUGUCGUUGUCCCCGUCCAGGUCUACCCGCUCGACGACGCCGCUGAACGCAAGGAUCCCUGAGUCGCCCAAGACGACGCCGCAAAAGGAAGACAUGCGCAAAAGCGUCGAGGCUUACUACUGGAAGGAAAUCAAGAAGCUCAAAGAUCAGGAAAACUACGAGCUCUACAUGUACCAAAUGCGGUACGCCAACGCAAUGCCUUACGGUUACGGCGACGAGGCGAUCAGUGUACGCAGGUCCAGGAGUCUGUCGCCGUCGGUGCAAAGAAACGGACGGCGCAGCCUAAGUUUGCCGCGUGAGUCGAGACCUUCGAACAACGUCAUCGGAUACAGGCCGAACGCCAUCCCCGAAGGCAGGGCGCUUACCAACGCGCCCGCGCAGCAGCCCAGGAGCGUUCAGCAAAUUCAGUUCCAGCAGAAUUUCGUCAGGAACGCCCCGGAACGGCGAACGGUGGACGGCGGUACCGUGAACUAUUCCACCAAUAGUCUCUACCGGCCCAUAUUCAAACGUGGCAGUUUGAGUUCCCCACCUACACAGCAACAGAUCGUCGAACGAAAAGUGAGCUUCUCGAACUCGGGAGAUGAGGCGGCGCGAGUUUGGCCGACGAGAAACGGAUUCACCCGAAGUCCUCCGCAGAGGAGGAUCGAGCAGCUCGACAGCCAAACGGACGACGAGGUAUUUUUACCAAACGCAACGCUGGUCGUUGACGGGGUGCGAUAUCGUCGACCUCCAAACGUCAGGCCGCGUGAAGAGUUGUACUAUAACGCGGAGCCUGUCUACGGCGUGCGGAAUUUGCAGAGGGUUGUAGAGGAGAACCCAUAUGCGCAAAGGUAUAAAGGGGAGGUGUUGUACGGACAGCCGAUGGACGCGCUGAGAACGCCUCGGGGUUUGACGAGGCACGGCUCAGUGCAGAUCGACGACGAGAUCUACGGUCAACGGGGAAUGGCUAGAAGGUUACCUCCGACGCAGCAGUCAAUGGAACCUCUUUACGUCGCUAGGCAGGAAGUCGUGGAGAAACCUAUGCCGCCUAGACGGCAGAUUAUCGUCAAGGACGACAUCUUCGGUCAAUUCGGUGGGUACGUCACCCAACAGACCUCCGGGUACCCAUCUCGUCAGAGCAUAGUCGAUUACAACAAUCGAGUUAGGCAAGAAUACUACCAGCAGAAGCAAGUGUCGGUGUCUAACAAGGUAUGCGACAUGUACGGUCAGAUCCACGACGUUGGGCCUUCGCAGAGUGGGGUACUGAUGGGUCAGCUGAGCAGGAACUCAGGGACACCCGUCGCCGUGAGGAAUUCCUACUCGCAGCUGCCCAGGCGCGACCAAUUCGUGCGUAAUGGUAGGUUGACCGCCAGCGCGAACGACAUGUACCGUAGGGGAGGAAUGGAGAACAUCGCGCCCACGCGGCCGUUGCCGCCUCUGCCUCAAGGGAAAGCGAAAGGUCAGGGGCGUAGUAACGGGGGUCCGUCGGACACGGAAAGCGGAUCGGACGCGGGCGAGGUGCAGCGAAUCCUUAACGGUAAAGGGAAGACGAAGAAACGCGGCAUUUUCGGAAAGUGAGAAUGCGAUUUGUAAUUGUGAUACUUGGGAGGCCUUCCAAUGUUCUACUGUAUACCGGGUGUUUAGAUAAGGUAUGCUCUCCGAAGGAAUAAGUCAUCAGGGUCGUAAUAUUGCUGCUAGCGAUAUCUGCUGUACCAGUACAGUGCAGCGUUGCACCCUCUACCGGUAAUCUUUAAACUUUGAAGAAAGUUUUCUGAUAUUUACCAAAAAAAGAAAUCCUAGAAUUCUCUGUCCUAACUUUUAUCUGAACGCCCUGUAUUAUUUGUCACUUAUUAAUUGUUUUUCAAAGCGAAACUCUCGACAAUUCAAACUGGAGCACCGUACGUUUUUAAAAAUGUUUCCCAAAGGUACGUUAUCGUCUAUAAAUAGAAUCGGCUAUUUAUUUAAUGAUGGCAUUAUUUGUGUUGUUUUAUCUAAUCUGCCCGCGUUAAAUUGGCGAGAGUGUUUUCAAAGAUAAUACAUUUAUUGGCAUUUCCUGGCACUCUUAGCAUCUGCAGGUUUUCGCCGUUUUGUCGACGCAGUAUUAAAUAUGUGCUUUUUGUGUUGUGAUCGUCUAAAUUUACUAUUUAUCCGCGUAUGGGCUACGUUACUAUUUUACGUGUUAAGCGAAACGAAUUCCACAGUGUAAAUAAUUGUUAAAAUUUUUC